AUGCCUAAGGCCCACAUGCAGCCGCAGACAUCAAUGCCCACGACAGAUCACUGGAGCAGGAAGCCCAUUUCCUACUUGCCACCUGGCAAUGGCUACCCAUGUGUGCAGAUUCAUAAUACUCAGGGUUGUUCUCUGGCUGCUACAGCACCAGAGCUGUCCAUCAUCUCAGAUAGCCACUUGUGA